AUGGCAUAUAAAGUUUUGAGAAAAGAAUUCGCAACUGUCAGAUAUGGGGGUACACCACCUUCAGAGCGCCCCUUUUUCAAACUGAGGCCAAUGUUAUAUCCAGUAAACAUAUCACGCGAAGAAACGAAUGUAGGAAGGACGACAAAAACUCCAGAGUAUUACCUUGGGGAUUUGAUCUCGGGGACAUAUUGCUCUCGAAUCUUCAGUGACUGCGAUCGUAAAAACUGUAGAUUACAGUCGCCGAACUUUCCCGGUGUAUACCCAAGAAAUCUAACUUGUUACUAUGCUGUUCGACAACACGAAGUGCCUCAAGGGAAACAUGCCCUGAUUGUGGUCAAACAACCAAAUGGGCAGUUGGUCUCAAUCAGGAGUCAAAAAGCACUUUACGCACCAUCACAAAAUGAUAGAGAAAAUAACGGGAGGGAAUUAAAAUUUUGGCAACAAUGUGAUGAAGUACAGGAUUAUGUAACGGUUUAUGAUGGAUAUACAACGAGAGAUCCGGUUAUAUUGAGGUUUUGCGGUGGUGGUGUAUCAGUCCCAGAGGCAAUAUCUAGCGGACCAGAAUUAUUAGUUGAAUUCACGACAUCGCCCUUCGGUACAUUUCUCCAACCGGUAACAACGCAAUCAUUACAUGGAUUUCAGUUAGAAGUUGAGGUGCGUUUUGUUGAUCAACAAUCACCAACCUACGCAAAAAAUAAGAGAGCUUGCGAAUUUUGGAUUAGAGGAACAGGUCGGGGGGUUUUAGAACAUCCACAGCAUUCUCUUCCACCGAAUACAACGUGCCUAUAUCAUAUGCAAGGAAUUGAUACUUCAGGCCCUUCGGGGAGGAACAUUAUUUACAGAAGACAAUUUUCGGCACCCCGUUUCAGAGUGUGGUUCUCGGUAUUAAAAUUUUAUGUCACUAAUGCAAUAAAUCCGAAUUUGCCGGAGGAUGAGUAUUGUGGAAGUCAUUUGAAUAUUUGGGAUGGCCCUAUGAGGAUAUCACCCGGCUGCAGUGAUAUUUUUUGUGAUAAAGAAAGAUCAGUACAAAUGUCACGAGCUACAUCUCCACAGUCUGUAAUUGUUGGACGUCCCCCAACAAAUGCAACGCUAGUCGCGAGAUUCUGCAGGGAACGCGCGCCUCGAACAUGUGAACAUGCUUUAUUAAGAAGAUCUAGAGCAUGUGCCAGAACAGAAAGCUUUUUGUCUAAAGGAGACUCUUUGACUUUGGAAUUAAAAUUAACUCAAGGAACCGCUUUGAAACCAGUUUUCUUCAAAGCUUUGUACGAAUUCGUCGACCUUCAUCAAGAUGGAGAGCCGUGGGGCCGCGGACCGUGUUCAAGACGCUUUGUCUCAAGGUCUUUUCCUGAAGCACCACCUGAUCCACCAGUCACAUUUUCUUCGCCACGAGAUGUUUUCUUAUACGGUAGAGGAGGCAAUAGAAACAUAAGUUGCACAUAUCGUUUCGAGGCGAAUCCAGGAGAAGUGGUACGUCUUCGUGUAUGGGGAAUUCGGAACGGUGGUAGACUGUGCAGAUCCGUACAUUCUGCACAUUCUCCUUGGUAUAGGUGUGGUGGCAAUCCUACAGCCGCUGUUAGGAUAUUCGAGCGACCAUGGAGAGAUAGCGGUCCUGGUGUACCGCGAGACUGCUUAUGCAGUGACGUGAACGACUAUGAAUUCACGUCUACAGCGAUGGUGGCAGAGCUGAAAUUUGAUGUCGUAAAUAUGUCGGCGGUUGACGAUUUUCGGUCUUUUGGCUUCGAAGCCUCCGUGGAAUUUAUUCGUCUUGAUAGCGUUUGCGAUAGUACUCACAGGGUGUACGGAGCUAGCGGAGAAAUGAGAUUGUCAGCCCAUGCCCCGAUGUCAGAUUCAGAGCGUUGUGAACAUCGUCCUUGGCUAAUAGAUCCAGCACCAGGCCGAUAUUUAUACCUACAAAUCCAAGGCAGUAUUCUUAAAGAACCGGAGCUAGAUAAUUUCACGUUACAGAAUAAUAUAACGGUUGCUCCAGAUUUGGGACACAUGUGCCGAACGCAAAACCGAUUAGCGGUGUAUGCUGGAGGCUUAACUCCGAUAUUUAUAUGCCCAAAGCCUCCAGAAGAACAGGAAGAUGAUGUAGUAGAAGUAUUUUCGGAAGGUUGGUCGAAGGAAGUUGAUCCCCUCGCUCGACACGUGCUGGCGCCGCCGCCAUCAGCAGACCGCUUUGAUCUUGACUGGCCAAGGUCAUUAUCUGUUGAGCUUAUUCCUGCUGAGAGUGGUUCCUAUUAUGUGACUUGGUUGGAACUUUCUAGAAGACAUCCAAGCGAGCGCGGUGGAGUUUUCGCUUUAUCUGGGGAAUGUCAAUACCGAUGUGCAUCACUAGACGCUUGUAUAGAGCCGUCGUUGUGGUGCGACGGGAUCGCGCAGUGCCCGCAGGGAGAGGACGAGCGCCUCUCGCAGUGUUCUGCCUUAUUGAGAGUACCCGCGCAUUACGCGGCGGCGCUACUCGCUUUUACUGUAUUAGCUGCUUUUGCUGUGAUAGCAGUAGCGCGUUCAUGCCGCAGACGGCGGUCAGCGCUACAACAAAGACUCAAAAGCCUGUCGUCAGAUACGGCGAUUUUCGACGAAAAAGAAGUGAUUUGC